CUCAGAUGCGAUCACAGAACCAUCGGUACACCUUGCAGAGUCCUUUUCAAAGCAAGUCGCCAUCAUGUCUGUGACAAUGUGCCAGUCCGUGGGCUUUGUGGUGUCAAUGUUGGGGGUCGGUGGAGUUAUUGCCUCUACUGUCAUGGACCAAUGGAGCACCCAAGACCUUUACAACAAUCCGGUGACGGCCGUCUUUAAUUACCAGGGUCUAUGGCGCACUUGUGUCAGGGAGAGCUCUGGUUUCACCGAGUGCCGCUCCUAUUUCACCAUCCUUGGACUACCAGGUAGGGAAUAUGCUGUACUCUCAAUAGUGCGAUUGAAAAGAGCUGGUGGGAUGAAGCGACUCAAGACUGCUGUAGGCCUCUGAGAGAACUGGAUCCUCUCAUUUGCUCUUGCUCCCUUCCUCAUAAUAUUAUUCUCAUUUCCAUAGACUUUGAGAAAGGGACGGGGGAAGAAAUUUGGUUUGGUGGGCCUUUUAAUGCAAGCCUACUUAAUUUGCACUGCCCAAAGCAAUAUGAACUGGCACACACCUAUCCUUCAAAAUGUGCCCUUCUCUUAGCUUUGUGAUGAAAUAAUGUUGACAUGUAUGUGUGUAUUGAAAUUGAAAUUCAUAUUUUAGUGAAAGUAAUGUACAAAAUUGCAUUGUAUUGGGGAUAAUUGCUUGCGUAUGUUGGAGGAAAUGCAUACAAAAAUGUGCAUAUUAGGAGAAAUUUGCAUAAAUACACUGACAAAUUGCUGUGAGGACUUAAAAAGUUGCAAACUGAUGUGGAACUGUGGAGCACUGAACUUAAAGAUUGGGAAAAAUGAGAAACAGAGAGAAGCCAAAAUUGACAGAUCCGUCUAUUCCCUACCUAGAGGACAGCAUUUUAUAUAGUGAAAUGUUCUGCUGGAGAUAGUCAUAUUUCCCCCCUCACACUGAUGCCCAUAUCAUCACCAACAUUUGCCAGGCUGGCUGAUAUGGGGGCAGAAGUGCAGAAACAUGGAUGCAGAACUAUCCAAAGGGAUCAGGAGGUAGAAGGCAAAUGACAAAAACCCCAUAUGACCUCAGUAUUAUUUCUAAUGAUGUGGGAAGAGGAUGGUGGAUUAUAUACAUGUGUGUGUGUGUUUGACAUUGAGAAUUCAAAAGUAUACUAUUGCUUUUGUUCAAACUUUCCCCCACCGUCCCAAGUCCACAUGACCAAUGUCAUGUUGAUUUUGGGAAGGAGCUAUUGUCCUCCUUUCUAAAGAUACCUCUAAAGGGAGGAUUUUAAAAGUUAAGAAUAAAAUAUAUAAGAUAGAAGUCAUAUACAAUCAAUUAAAUAAAAGCUACUUUCAGGAGACUAGAUCUUUACCUCAUGUUGUGCAAGGCCUUUAGGUUUUUCUUACCCCCACACUUUCUUAUUAAAUAGUGUAACGUUUAGUCUUCAGAUGAUUUAACAUCAGAUUAGAAAUAUUUUUUCUUUUCUUUUUGGAAAUAUAAUCUUUGCUUUCUAUUUGUUCAAAGAAAAGGGGAAAUCAAACCUCAUUGGGGUUGAAAUAAAGCGCUUGACACCUGUCCCAAAGCAACAUUAUGAAAAGUCUUUUGUGUGUGUGUCUGUAUAUGAAUUUUCUUUUCUUGACUGGAGCCAUUGCAAAGGUAUCCUCUUUGUUCUUGCUGCUCAGGCGAUGCAGAAAACCCUCCACAUUUAUCAUCCUCAUGCCCUCCUUAUCAACUGCUGAAGAGCAGCUUAACUUAAGCCGUUGUUCUAAAUCUUUAAUGCCAGAAACAGAUUUUUAAUAAUAAUAGCAUACACCUCCUGUAAUAUAAAUAUGGCGACUCUUCUAGUAUUCUGCUAGAAGUACAAAACUGGUAAACAAUUCCACCAUUUUUAUAAUGGGUUUUUAAGAUUUAUCUGUACUUAAUGACUUAGUUUUAUUUGUUUUAUACUGUGGUUUAGUUCCUCCAGGGGUAAAAUGUUUAGUUAAGACUCUUCUGAAUUUACCUAUAUAAUGAGGGACGGGGUGUCCAUACUGAAUAGAAGCAUCUGUCAAGUCAGUACCUAGUAUACUCCUCUUUUGCUGCUCUUUGUAGAUCUCUGGACUUGGGUGACCACCUCAUAGGAACAUAGGAAGCAGCCUUAUAUUGAGACAGAACUAUGGUCAGUCUAGCUCAAUAUUGUCUAUAGUGAUUGGCAGUGGAUCUUCAGGGUUUCAGAUCCUUUCCUAGCAGUGCCUAAAGAUGGCAGGGAUUGAACCUGCAUGCUCUUCCACAGAGCUAUGGCCUUACCCUAAGAGUCUUCCUUCCUCUCAGAUUCUAGCAUGUAGGUAUAGGAAAAAGAAUGUUGGACAGAGCCUUUCUGGCAUCUGCCUUCGAUAUUAGUGGUGGGGAAGAUCCAGAAGCGGAAGACUGGCAUCUCUCCGUUUAUGCUUUACUGUUAUUUUUAUUACAAUAUUUGUAAUUCCAACAUAUGUUUUUUUGCACAAGCAAGUAAACAUAUCGAUAUUCGAUGGGGAGAGCUGAACAAUAAAAAGUGACAAGCAAACCUGACAUUCCAAUUUCCCUGUAUUGAGUUUAGGAAGGGAUGCAUUUAUCAGUGUGUGCAAAGAGCAGCGGCAAUGAGUUUUCUGCCAAAAGUGUGCUGUGUGGCGGCAACCUAAUCUGUGUGCUUGGGGUGUCAAAGGCACCUAUGAUACACUUACACAUCAUGGUCAGCUCAUGUUUUCCUCUACAGCAAUUAUAUCCAUGGAGGAAAACAGCAAUGCCUGAAGUGGCCCAAACGAUUUCUUUGAAAACAACUGCCGGCAGUGCCUCCUACAAUUUGUUUUGCAGGUAGUGGUGUGCUCACAUUGCUAUUUUAAAACAGUAACACUACAUUGUAUUCAUUGUACAAUAUAGUUAGAUCUGGCUAAAGAGUAAAGUUUGCUCUUGUUUUCACCGUGUUAAAAACUGCAUGUUUUCAUCCUACGAGGCAAAGUAGGUAAUGUGAUGCAUUGAUAAAAUAAAUAUUGGCAAAGUAAAUGUAAGACUAGCUGUUAGCAGUAGGAAUGAGGGAGCUUCCAAACCUUAUAAAGCUUGCUUCCUGUCUUGGCCAAAAACUUAUCCAAGGUACCCUUUCCUUCAGUCUCUUUCUCUCUUUCUCAAUACUGGGAUCAACAAGGAAGAGGAAUCCAGAGAAUUAGCCCAGGAAAAAUUAAUCUCACAGGCUCCCAGGUUUUGAGACAUAUGGAAGUAAGAAUCCCCCCCCCCAAUUGUACCUUAAAGCUUUUGGUUUAUCAUGGUCUCCACAGAUCUUUCUGUGCCAUGUAGUGCCCUAUAGUUGAGGACUUUUUGAACAGAAAAUGCCAACAAAUGACUUAUUUGAUUUAUUUUUUAAUAUAUGUCUAGACAGCCUUUCACCGCUCAGAAAAAAACUCCACAGCAGAUUACAAAGUGUUAAGUUAAAAACAUUUACAAUAAAUCAUAAUUAGCCUGGAGCUAAACAAGCCAAAAGCAGAUCAAAAAUGCUAAGAUUUGUUUUACACACAUAUUUUUAAAGCAAUCAUGAACUCAGUAACUUCAUCUCUGGCCAACACAAGGCAUUGGAGCCAACUACUAGGACUGAGGGUUCUUUGUCACCCCAAUAAAAUAUUUGAGCCCCCCCCAAAUAUGAUGGACAUUGCCAUUCAAACGGUGUGUGUGUACCAUGCCAUAUGAUCAAUUAUGUGGGGUGGGGUUCUCCUGCCCCCCAAAUAUUUUAUUUCAGUUGCCACCCCUUAUAACAAGAAUUAAUGUUUGACAAAGCAUAACUCCUGGUAGCAUGACUCCAGUGUGCAAAAGGCAGGGGCGCAUUGUGGUGGGUGAUGCAAAUGGGUGUGUAGUAUUCUGCAUGUGGUACCGCUAGAAACUACCCUUUGUUGCUUAAUAAUGAAAAACAUGGCUGGAAAUGUAGGAAGUGAAUCAUAUCUGAUGGGGCAGAGUUGGGCAAGUCACACAUCUCAGCCUCAGCCAUUCCACUUUAUAAGCAAAGAAAAACUAUGGGUUGUUAAGAUGGCAGCUUAUGAGUCAGCGCCCCCCCAAAAGACAUAGGUUCGUAUAAGCUUUGCAUGUGCUAAUAUAUAAGUAUAUAUGGGAAUUUAGAAAUAAAUGCUGAAAUAGAAAUAGAAAUGUAAUAUAGUACAUCUCACCUUAGGGGGGGAAACUGUGGUCAAGUGACCCACAUGUCUGCUCAGUCUGCCUCCCCACAUGGUCAAGGGGCAACUGCAAGGCCCCUCCACUUCCUUCUUAGGGUUAUUCAUCUUUAAAGAAGGCUUGGCCAGGAACAGCCUUCAAACAGAGACCAGGUCCUCUGUAAGGUAAGACGCACAUAGGAUAAGUGCUGCUGUGAACAAAAUGAAAUAGCUCUUGUACACCACCUUCCACAGCCAUGAGCCAUUGUCCUUGAAUGUGGGGGGGGUUUGUUUUGUUAUUUUGGUAGCUGUUCAGUGGAGGUGGAGGUGGUGUGAUUAUUAUUAUUAUUUUAAUGGCUCUGGGCACAAUUGAUCACUUGUCACACGGCGAGAGAAGAAGUCCAUUUUCACCUCAUGUGAAAAACAAAGCCGGCUGCAAGGCAAAAUAUGAAAUAUUCUACCUCACUUCCCCAGGCACUCGAAAGUAGAAAAAGAACCACUUGGGAAUAGACCUUGUGCUGAGAGACAGAGGAGACAAAGCUAUCGCAGCUCUGCUUGGCCAAAAUAAUAUCAAUCUGCAAGCGUGGAGUGGUUUUGUGUGUGAUUCAGCACUGUGUACAUGUUUUUAAUUAACUUGUCAUCCUAAAGUGCUAACAGACCAAAUCAAUUAGCAUGUAAAUUCCUCAGCCGCGGUGGAGGAUUCUGACACCCCCCACCAGUAUUUAUUCUGUGAGUAAAUGUAAUAUAAAUGUACAUACAAAUAUGUUUUACUCCAAAGUAGCUGGUAGUUGGUAAUCAUUAUCAGCAUAGUCUAAUGAAGAAAGAAAUGGCAUACACACGCACACACACACACACACACACACACACACACCCCAACAUAAAACUAAAGCAGCAUGUCUUUUGUUAAGAAGAAUAAAAGUAGAAACACUUUUCUCACUUAUUGUAUAUUUUAUGAUUGUAAUUGCUGGGGAUAUCCAUACAAGAAGAGCCUUGCCAGUGAGGCAGGUCCAUGUUUUACUGGGGCAUUCUGGGUGUGUGAUAGAGCUGUCUUUACACCAUUUGCAAUGAGUAAUGGAGAACAAUGUUUCGGGGAAAACAAGUAAAUAUAAAUAAUCAAAUUGUAGCAAUAUGUCUUUCUCUAGGAUGGAAAACUACGAGAUUGAGGGAUGAGUUUACUCUAAGCCCGCCCCACCCAUUUUUACAUUAUAGCCACCUCACCCGCUUGGACAUAGUUAAUGGGGCUGCCAGUAUUUCCAUUAUAAAGCCCUAUUUAUUAUUCUGACAAUAGCAAUUUAUAUUAUGAACAAUAGUGUCAUAGUGAAUAAAAACAGUAAGAUUGGUGUGGAGCAGCCAGGCUACCCAAAUGUAUCACUGACAUUUUGGUUUCAGUGUUUCUCCCCAACCCCCAACCCCACCCUGCCUUAAUGCUCUCAAGUGCACCAAAAACAAAGAGUCCUUGGGAUUUAUUUUAGUUAAAGUUAUUCUGUCCUUAGAAGUUUACUAAAAUGGGAGAGUCUAGUACAAGAUAUUGCAAAAGGGAAGGUGUAAUGGCGAUUAAUUGUGUCAGUCUUCAAGCCAUUGGUACUAGAGUAGGCAAAAUGUCUUACCUAGCACUACUCCAGAGUAGCAUCUGUGGCUGGAGAACUAUAUCCUCAAUUUCUGUUCCAACUGAUCUCUUACAAAAUUGUAAUCAAGGUUUGAUAUACCAUCAACAAUUAUGCUGGCUAGGUCCUAUUCUGUCUUCCAUCACCUACCCCAUUUUACCAUCCUGGUCCAGAUAGCAUAAUUUAUCAAAUUAGAGAUGCCACAAAACCAUCAUAUGACCAUUUCCUUCCAGAUUUGUGAUAUUUUCAUGACUUCCACAAUAUUUUCCAUGAAUAUAUCUCGUAUCCAUGCUCAUGACAGUCACAACUUUCAAAAGUUCUCUUCCCUAGUCUGGUACUUCCCAGUGCUGGUGCUGCUUUGAAAGCUAGCUAGAAAAUGGCAUGGUAGCUGCUUUAUUUGUAAACCAAAUGAAAUAUCAUUGUAUCUUGAACUCCAGCCUAGUUCAUGCCAUUUGUAUUGAUUGUAAGAAGAUGCCAAUUGGGUGCUGAACGAGAAAGGUGAAUCAUUUCAUUUUUUAUGGAGUCAACAGAUCACCAACACCUUGAGAUCUUUUUCUGUAGUUUGUUGGCUGCAUUUUUUUAAUUGAAUACACCAGUGAAGAUAGAUAGAGGACCAAUGCAGACUGAAGUCCCUGCCUUUAUAACUCUGAGGAUCAGAUGUAUUACAUGAACAUAUCUGAUAUGCAAAUUAAUCACUGGGUGGGCCCUGAAAAAGGUGGAUUGGCACUCGACAUGGUAAAUGACAAAGGCGGCCCCAAGGCCUUCAGACUAUGGGUCUUUGUGUUUGGAGAGAAAACUCUAAUUCAUCCUCCAAAGCCAUUCAGAGACUCCGAUUACUGAAGUUUCACAUUCUGGGUUCAAGUCCACAGCAUAAGAAGUAUUGUACAGAAAAGGGUGGAGUUGCCUUAAUUUCCCCCCAGUUUUUCCAACUGGAUGUCAUCCUGUGGGAGUAUGCUAUAUUUACCGAAAAAGAAAGUCAACAUGAGUUUCGGGUAGUUUUGUAGGAGCAGCAGUGAUAACAUUGAAAUGUUCCAGUGGGUGCAGUGAUCAAAUACACGUUUGUCUGAGGAAAGGGCAGAUAAAAGGUGUGGGUGCUGCUGAAACUAGGAGUUAGGGUGUGACUCAGUGGCAAAGAACAAGUUGCAUGAAUCUGGUUACCUGUACUAUAACACAGAAUGAGCCAAACAAGUGCAAUACAAUUCAUGUCUGGGAUGAGUAGUCCAUAAUGGGGACUCCUUGCCCCAUCUUCCUGGAAUAAUCUCUUCACUGGAUCAUGGGAUGAAUAGGACCAGUAGAUUGAUGCUUGCUGGACAAUCGAACAGAUAUUUUAAUAGGCUAACCUUGUUAUUAGCAUGAGAGUAACCUGCAGCCCUCUUCAUGUUGCUGGACUCCAGUUCCCCUCAGACACAGACAAAAUGGUCAGUGGUCAGGGAUGAUGUGAGAUGUAGUCCAGCAGUGGUGGACCUUGGUGUCUCAGAUUUCAGUGGCACUCUGUGCAAUGCCAAAAUCCGCCACCCCCCAUGUCCAACAUUUUCUGUCUGCUAGCUUGCACAACAAUAACAAAAAUCCAAUGCUUGUUGUUUAGUCGUUUAGUCGUGUCCGACUCUUCAUGACCCCAUGGACCAGAGCACGCCAGACACUCCUGUCUUCCACUGCCUCCCGCAGUUUGGUCAAACUCAUGCUGGUAGCUUCGAGAACACUGUCCAACCAUCUCAUCCUCUGUCGUCCCCUUCUCCUUGUGCCCUCCAUCUUUCCCAACAUCAGGGUCUUGUCCAGGGAGUCUUCUCUUCUCAUGAGGUGGCCAAAGUAUCGCAGCCUCAGCUUCAGGAUCUGUCCUUCCAGUGAGCACUCAGGGCUGAUUUCCUUAAGAAUGGAUAGGUUUGAUCGUCUUGCAAUCCAUGGGACUAGUGCACUAGUGGAAGCUAGUUCAGCAACAGCUGGUUCUUGUUGCACAACAGUAGAUUCUUAGGCAAUCUGCUGCACAACAAUCUUUAGUAAUAUACUUUGGUAAUGUACGUGUGUUUUCACUUGUGAAAUAACGUUCCCCAGCACAAUAAGUACACUGGAUGCAACCCAAUGUUUAUCUGCUCAGCUAGAUGGUAUGGUUCUUUAUCAUGCAUAUAGUUAAACAACCAGCCUCUUAAUUUUUAUAUAUUACCGGGAUGCCCGGCCCACCUAGGCAGUUAUUACCGACAUGUUUAUAUAAUAGCCUAUACAUACUAAGCUCCCUGUAAAUUAUCCCUCCUAAUGAUAGUUUUCAUUCAAUUUACAAUGAGAGUAUUGUAUUGAUUGUGUCUGUCGAAAAUAAGAGUAGCAUGACUGGGUAAAAGCUGGAUUUGUUUCUAGGUCAGAGUUGAAGUAAAUCAGUUGCAAGAGUGUAUUAGAUCAGAAUUGAUGAGCCCGGAGUCCAGAAGGCCUCUGUAACUCACUGCUGUGCAUCUGGCAGAGCAGCUUGGCAAAUUUAUAUCACUCCCCAGAGCCAUUUACCACAGAGGAGAAACGAAAUUAAUUUCCUAAUUCUUACAGCCAUUCUGCCUUUCUCAACAACCACCUAUAAAACGGCUGUUCUCCCUUAGCUUGUAUGAGGGCAUUUCUAACCAAAGCCACCAUUGGUACGUUCAUCCACAACUUGAUAAACUAUGAUUCAUAAAGCUCUAGACAAGAGCCAUGGCCAUUCACUCCUUCCUUGUUUCUUCUCUUUCCUUCACUCCUCCCUAUACACAUAGACUUUGGCACAGAGAUUCCAGCUUACAUUAUGCCAGUGUUCUUUGUGAUGUCUGAACCAGAGAACUCUGGAUUGAUGUUGGUUAACAAAACAGGAUAAUAAACCAGGGGGAAGAGAGGGGAGGAGCAAUGAAGAAACACCUGGCCACAGGACUUAUCCAUGGUUUAUCAGCUAUGGCUUUUUGUUCUGUGAACUGCCCUGAAACCUCUGGGUAUAGGGUGGUAUAAUAAUAAUAAUAAUAAUUAAUAAUAAUAACAACAACAACAACAACAACAACAACAACAACAACAAUAAUAAUAGAGCCAAGGGCAAGUGUUCAAACACAGCCACAGUGCGCUUGAUUAGGGCUGAGGUUCUGCUGUUAUGGUCAUCUGGGAAAUAAUGGAAGCAGAAUUAUGGAUGGGUGACCUUUUGUGUAGGUCACUAUUCCACUUGAACCAAUAAUUAAGUUGUGCCAUCAAGUGUCACUUUAGGCUGAUUUCUCAGUGAGCAUAAGGAUGCUAAAGUCUCCUCUUCUGUGUAUUUAUAUGUUCCCUGCCUGUUAAGGUCAUCCCUAGACAUUUUUCAAACCCCAAACAGCUUUACCACAUACUCUGAGAGCAGGUCCUGGGUUCUACUGAAAUAUUGCGAGGUAUCCUGGGACAUGCUUUUGGAUUGCCAUCUGCCUCACAAUGGCUUCUAAAAAUGUUGCUGUCCAAAACAGUCACUUGGGUUGUUUGUAUAGUCAGGCCAGCCUUGUGUCUCCUGUGCACAGAGUUUUAUUGUAUUUUCAGUUGUAACUUGUAGUAGUACAUUUAUGGCAAAAGACUUCAUGCCCAUAUUACUUAUUUCAAGAAACUUUGUGGCUCUUUGGCAGCACUGUGAUUCAGAAAUAAACUCACUCAGGUCCAGUUCACAUGUGACCCGUGGUUUAAAACAAACCAUGGGUUACUGUUGGUGCAUGCUGCUCAAUCAUAUCUGCCCAUCCCUUCAUGGAAACAAACCAGAGCACUGGCAUAACCAGAACAAACCUAAGAUUCUGUUCAUGGUUGUUUAGAGAGAAACAAACCUUGAGUGCUGGUUUGCAUGUAACACUAAGCUAGUUUAUUUCUUCUUGGCUUGGCACAGGGUAGAGAAGGGUGGUUGUAAUCGAGAAGCAUGCACUAGCACAUUGCUUGUUUGCAGUAAAGCAUAGUUUAUGGCUUACUAUCAUGUGCAAAUCAGGGCACACACUGAAUGAGUCCCAAAAUGAGCUGGGAUGAGAGAUAAAUGUUUUGCGAUUAGAUUGCACCAGUCUUAGUUUUACCCUGGAUUUUCCAGACACUUUGUAACAAUAAAUUGUUCCUAGUUAAGUACUGUAGUAUCACAGAUUGUUCUGCCAUUCUGAAAUACAAUAGUUAUUCCUGGGACUAGACAGGCAUAGUGACUAAGCUAUUCACCAUUUGAUACGGUUUAGACUGGAAUGGAAAUGGCACCAGCCAAACUAUUUACUCCGUUUAGGCUAUGGUUCAGAGACAUUUAUGUUCUAUCCUUGCUAUCGGCAUGUUGGUGCUCACACACUGUACAUUUGUUUAAAUAUUUCAUAUUUUGUUGGUAUUCUUUCAGUCCUCCUCCCAACUCUUCUAAACCUGAAAGACUCAAAAUCAAACAUGGCGUCCAGACCUCUACUGCAUUUCCUCUUGUGUCAACACAGUACUAGAUGAAUGUAACAGAUAAAGGGGUUGCACGUUGGUAAAGAUUAGGUUAAGGAAGCAAUUUAUUAUUCUAGGGGUGCAGCCCGAGACACCUUCCUCAUUGUUAAUUCAGUAGAAUGAUUCACGGUAUCGGGUUGUGUAACAGCUUUUUUGAAAUGUGCAGGGCUUACCACCCCACCCCCAAUUAACUUUCGGCGUUAAUCAGCACCAGUAGAACCUCUCAUCUACUAAAAUAGAGCAAAAGAACUGUUUUACCUUAGUCCAGCGGCCCUGUCUUCAUCCCUGUUUCGUAAUGGAUGAACUCAACAGCAAGAGUACAAGAACAACACAUAAAUAAUCAGAGACAUUUUAUUCCAGCCCUACCAUUAGAUAGCAGAUGAUGGGGGAAGAGAUCAGAGACAAGGAAUUAGAGGACAGAUCUGUGUGAGCCAUUGAGUUUGCCUUAAACCCUCUCAGCUAGCCUGCUAUGUUCAAGCAAAGUAGACGGUCCUUUGAAUAGCUUUCCCACAGGGGGAGCGUUAUCGCUUCUCCUAUUCUGAAAAUAGAUCAGUUUUAGAGUGUUUGCAAGGAAUGCGUUUUACACCUUUCCUGGUUCAAGAGAGAGAUCUAAUUCCAAGUAAGCAAGAAGCAAACAGUCACAAAAUGCAAUGUGAUUUUUAAAUAUAUUUUUAAAAAGUCCUACUUCACAUAACAAUCGCUAAAAGUUUACAGUGGAGUACACUUUGAUGAUGCUGAUGAGAGCAGGUCAUUUUGGAAAGCACUGAAAAUAUAGCUUGUAAUGCUGGUGUUGGCCUCAGCUCCUUUCAUCUCAUUGGAAUCAGCAACAUGUCAGGUACAUGGAAUAAGCAAAGCUGAAUAACAGGGGUAAGAAUGAGGGGGGCUGAUCAUGUGCAUUAUGAACAGAAUGUUCAAUGCAGCUUGCGGGUUGACCUCCAUUAGUCCAACAAUGACUCUUUGGCCAACAAGGGCUUCUAAGGGACAAAGGCACCAGUCUUCACUCCCGCCAACCCCAAAGCACACACCAACCAACAGAACUGAAACUGCGCUAUCUUGCAAAAACAUACUGAGUCAACAAAGCCUGUUAAUGGAAACCAUCUGAUAAGGGCAGCCACUGUUGGCUGGUACAGGGAAUGGGACUUCACUGCUUCCUUAAGCUUUGCCAGUGGUGUAGUGGCUUCUGAUUGCAAAGGAGGUCUCAUGUCCACUACAAUUUGCCAAGUGUUGGGCUUUGUGGUCUCAACCCUGGGCUUCGCUGGCUGUAUUGCGUCCACGGCGAUGGAUGCAUGGAGUACGCAGGACUUAUAUGACAACCCGGUGACAGCUGUAUUCCAGUACCAAGGCCUCUGGAGGAGCUGCGUCAGUCAGAGUUCGGGUCUUACAGAGUGCCGGCCUUAUUUCACAAUCCUUGGGCUUCCAGGUACGGACCAGGGGCUGGCCAAGCGAGGCUACCCCAGAGAUGUGACAAAAGCCAAUGAUUUUUAAUAGGCUAGCAAGAAACAAUAUUUUAAACAGCCUGAUAAUGUAAAUGGAGACUAAUAUUGACUGCAGUGAUGUAGUUAUAAAUGUAGAAUCAAUUGCUGUGAAUAAAACUGUCACGCAGAGGAUAUGAAAGUGCACACAUCAUUUUAAAAGAUCAUAUUUUAUUGUUAUGGGGAAAGGUGCCAGAAAUCCCGAGUGAAAACUAACUAAACUCCUUUUCAGAGGAGAAGCAGCAGUUUCUACCCGCCAGACCAAGACUAACUCAGUGUGUAUUUGGGCACUGUGUAUUUAUUUGAAUGAACUGAUUUGAUAUCAUAUCUUGGGUAUCGGUGUGCACACCCACCAAUGAAAGAAACAGUUUUCCCACAUGACAGUAAAUAGGAGAAAGGUUGUUUUCUGCUGCUCCAGAGAAGCGGACACGGAGCAAUGGAUCCAAACUACAAGAAAGAAGAUUCCACCUAAACAUUAGGAAGAACUUCCUGACAGUAAGAGCUGUUCGACAGUGGAAUUUGCUGCCAAGGAGUGUGGUGGAGUCUCCUUCUUUGGAGGUCUUUAAGCAGAGGCUUGACAACCAUAUGUCAGGAGUGCUCUGAUGGUGUUUCCUGCUUGGCAGGGGGUUGGACUCGAUGGCCCUUGUGGUCUCUUCCAACUCUAUGAUUCUAUGAUUCUAUGAUUCUAUGGUUUAAUCCCUCCUUCCACUGCCCGCUGGUAAGUAAUAUAGAUACUUGGCCUGAACAUGUUGGGAGGAGAAAAUGUUGUUUCUUGUUUUUGUGAAGAACUAUGCAGAAAUUCAGGUAUCAUUCUGGCCUUGUACUAUUUCUGAAGUUUUAGUGGAACUUUCUGUAGUCAAAGCAAUGAGUAUAUUUGGCAGGGUGUGUGCCUGUUGGAAAGUAGAUAGGGGCAAAGUUCUGUUAUCAAGAAAGGACGUGAUUUUAACAUCUGGGUCAGUGCAAAUAGGCUGCAAAUACAGUAAGUGCAACCAUAAAAUGACUUUGGAAUAGACAGACAUUCAAAAAUAUUAAAUGAAACAUAUCUGGUAUGUCAUGAAUUAUAUAUAUAUUUCACAUUUUGAAAAUCACAUUUCUAACUUUUGAAAUCAAGUUUUCAAGAGAGCAGGCUUUAGAUGUCUAGGGUGAAACCAUGGUAGUAUGAUUUUAAGUUGAUAUAAUUUUAUAUUUUUAAAUUGCUGCAACCUGCCCUGGGACCUUAUGGGGAAGGUGGUCAAGCUAUUUAUUUAAUUAUUUAUUUAACCACCUAAUUAUUCACAUCACAAAGCAGUGUACAUAAAACAAGGCCCAGGAUUUCUUUCUAUCAUAAAGCCAAACACUACCUUUAAAUGCCUGCUGGAGCAAAAAAGUCUUAGCCAUAUACUUGAAGUUCCACAAAGAGUGUGCAUGUCUAAUCUCAGUUGCAAGGGAGUUCCAUAGGCUUGGGCCCAUGAUACUGAAUGCACAGCAGCUAAUAGCUAUGUGCUGUACAUCUGAGGCACAGGGGACCACCAACAGGGACUCCCCCUAAUAUUGCAGUGAUUGGGCUGGGAAAUAAGGUGAUUUAAGAAUACAGAGUGGUCCUAGAUAUGCAUAGGUGUUUUUGGUUUUUUUUAAAAAAGGAAAAUUAAAUGUAGUUACGGCCAAAAUAAUACGUUAGAACACCAGUCAUUUUAUUUUAAAAAUAGCAUUCAAACUUUCAAAAUAUGCCAAUCUAUUCUCAUUAAGUUUUUGGUUUUCAUCUGUUGUUCAGAUGUGUUUUUAAGUUUCUGAUCUUGGUAAAACAGGAGCCACUGAAAUGAAUUUUGAGGAACUGAAAGUGGAACAUAAUACACAGCCAGAUCAUGCAUUGCCUUUCUGUAUGCCUCCUUCUGUUCUGUACACAAAAUAUGCAGUGAUCACACUUUGGUACUGAUAGCACUUGCCCAGGAACUCUUGUUUCCCUGUGUGAAGAUCCCUAGUGUAGAUCAGGCCUGAGCUGAUGAAUGGGGAUCUGAAAAUGCCUGGAUUGUUAAUAUUUGUGUUCAUGCCUUGACUAAUUAGACCACACCUCAUGACUCAUUUACCAGCUGCAGCAGAUAGUAUGGCAGUCGGUAACCGUUUGCAAAAUGGACUUCUCAUGACACAGGGUAAUAGGGUCUUUAGAUGGUAUGGCAAAUAUCUUGUUAAUCGCUUCCUGUUCAGAAACCUUUCGCCAUGGAAUUACUAAAAUAGAUUAAACAAAAAAACAAAAACAAAGUAAGUAUCAGGUUUAAGGUGCUUGUUUUAACCUUUAAAGCCUGAUAUGGCCUAGGACCCUCGUACCUAUGGGACCACCUCUCCUGGUAUGUCCCAUGGAGGACCUUAUGGUCUUCAAAUAAAAACAUCUUGGAGAUCGCGGGCCUCAGUGAGAUUAGGCUGGCCUCAACCAGAGCCAGGGCUUUUUCGGCCGUGGCCUCGAUCUGGUGGAACGCUCUGUCACAAGAGACUAGGGCCCUGCGGGACUUGACAUCUUUCCGCAGGGCCUGCAAGACAGAGCUGUUCCACCAGGCCUUUGGCCAAGGCACAGCCUUCUGUAAUCCUCAUAGAACUUUAGCCCAAUGGUUGCCAUUAAUUUGACUCUGAAUUGAUUUUAGAAUGAACUGAUUUUAGAAUGUAUUUCAAUUACUUGAUUGUGAUUUUAUGUAAACUGUGUUAUUUUUACUGUUGUUAGCCGCUCUGAGCCUGGCUUUGGCUGGGGAGGGUGGGAUAUAAAUAAAAUAUUAUUAUUAUUAUUAUUAUUAUUAUUAUUAUUAUUAUUCAUAUGCUGCCCAUCUGACUGGGUUGCCUCAGCCACUAAUGAUUAAAACACAGUAAGACAUCAAACAUUAAAAGCGUCCCUAGAUGUCUCCUAGAAGACAGAUAGUUAUUUAUUUCCUUGACAUCUGAUGGGAGGUUGUUCCAUAGGGCUGUCUCGACUACCGAGAAGGCCCUCUGCCUGGUUUCCUGUAACCUUCCUUCUUGCAGUAUAUAUGUUUCUUGGAGGGAAAAGGGUUUGAAAGGUUGACUCGAGUCAGAAUGGGCCAGCUUUCUACAAGGCAGGGGGAAAAAAGACAAAACACAUGAGAGAGUAGAUGUCACAGGCACAUUAUCUAAAUGUCAAGGGCCAUAUCCACAGGGAACAAACUGAAGUCCUGUUCUGCUCAAAAAGAACAUGUGUGCUUCUUGAUGUUUGCUCAACAGACAUUAAGCAUGGAGAGCAGCUUUGGAUGUGGACGUUUCUGAAAGGGACUUUCAAUAUUUACUUCACAAAUCAUCAGGCAUUUCCCUUCUUUCUUUUGAACAGCCUACAUUAGCUUGAGCCCAAGAGGUUAUGUUUAGUUCUGCAUUUAGUAACAUGUUUCCCCCCCUGCCCUGAACAUUUUCCCAAUGGUUCCUUUGUACCACAGCCCUUUGAUAAGAGUUGAUUUUGGUUGCAUUAAGAAUACUGAGUUUGCUACUCAUUUAAAUAAUUCCUAUUCUCCUUCUAUGUGUUUUGCAGCGAUGUUCCAGGCUGUGAGAGCUCUGAUGAUUGUGGGCAUCGUGCUGGGUGCUUUUGGCCUCCUGGUGGCUAUUUUUUCCCUGAAGUGUUUACGGAUCGGAAAUAUGGAGGACUCUGCCAAAGCAAACCUGACUCUGACUGCUGGAAUCAUGUGCAUUGUAGCUGGUGAGUGAUGGUUCUUACUGGGGCUCCACAGUGCGUUCUGUUCUGGAAGAGACAAUUGAAAUAAAGGGGUUGAAAGCAUUUAACAAACUUACAACAAGGGACUAAUAAAGUUUAUAAGCAGGCAUUGGAGUGCAUUCGGAUGGCACUUCAUUCCAUUUCCCACACAUUUCCUUACCUGUAAUUUUUCACAUUUUAUGUAAUAUUUCACACAAUGUAAAAGCCACUUCUGGAACUCUAGUGGAAUCUAGUGGAAAUUAAGCACUCAUUUCUAUGUUAAUUGUUUCCAGAAAAAAAUAUAUACCAAUGUGCAAACCUAUUAACACAGAAAACCACACAAGUUUUGCAUUGUAAUUUUCCACAGUUUUCACAUGACAAUAUCUGGGGCUGUAUCCCAGCAUACAGCUCUUUCCUGCUGUUUAAAAUUUAGUCUGAUGUGGUAUAUCAAUUAAAAAACCCAUAUUUCAAUAAUGAAAUGGGAAGUUGGGGAGGGGUAGUACCUCUGGUGGGGGGGCAUAUCAUGCCCCCUUUGGGGUAGUUUGUCCACCUUUGGUCCCACCCUGCACUCAGCUCUAUCUGUGGCUCCUAGAAGCUGUCAGGAUGUGACAGCAGCCACACCCAAGGAAUGGUUUUGACUGGCCAGCUAAACCAGAUGAGGGUAGCCAAUGGGUCCUAAACCUUCCAUGAGUUAGGGAUUUCCCUUGCAUGUGGAGACAGGCUCCUACCAAUUGAGCCAAUGAGGCCAAUAGUGGAUCCAGGGAAGUCACUUCAGAACUGCAAGCACAGCGGUUUGACUUCACCCCUGGAGGCGCACUCCAUUGUCUCUUGAGACAGAUGGAUGCCAACAAUUUCCACAAUGCAGUAGGUGCAGUAUGCAGUAUAAAGAGAAUGUUAGAAACUGGAACAGAAGCACUAGCAUCACAACCAGCAAAACAAAUGUUAUGCCUUGGACUCUCCUGAACUAUACUAGUGCAAUAAACUGGGUGUUCUGUUGCUUAGGUGCAACACCAGCUUAAUAUUACCACUUUGAUUCAAGGACACUGGCACCUGACCCUACUUUUUACAUUUCCGGGUAACAUAGUUUAAGAUAUCUAACUUGGUAUAAAUACACACCUGCAGUGAAAGGUAGCCGCAUUCACACACCUGGGCAUUGAUGAUAUUAUUUUAUGGAUUCCUGUUUCAUAAGUAAAACUAAGUUUAAAAAUCUGGCCUUGACCACCUUGAAUUCCAUUCUGGCAGCAAGUAAUGAUCCCUUCUCUCUGACAGGUCUCUGUGCUAUCUGUGGGGUAUCUGUUUUUGCCAACAUGCUUGUUUCAAACUUUUGGAUGUCAACAGCUAAUAUGUAUCAACCAGGAAUGAUGCAGACACUCCAGACAAGGUAAUUCCGGGUCAUGCACAGCAUUCACAGUUGUGUGUGUGUGUGUGUGUGUGUGUGUGUGUGCAGCCACUUGCGUGCUUCGUUCAUGACAUAAUAAUGAGACUUAAGGCAUAACUACACAAGAGGAAUGAACUCUUCACUCCUGGAAAUUGUAUUCUGUGGGAGGGGCUAUUUUCAACACCUUCACCAAGCUACAAUUUUCAGGAUUCUAUGGUUCAACCCUAUUAAACUGAUACAAAACUGAUGUGCUCUGUAGUCUAGACUGGCUUUAUAAGUUAGUGUCAUCUUCUUUGCCAAGCAUUAACUAGAUUCAUUGGUAAUACCAUACAUUCAAUGUAUGCAUGCCAAGUCAAGUGUAUAAAAGAAUGUCAUGGAUCACACAGUAACAGAGGGAACUACUUUAUCCUGGGUCUAUAGCCCAGUUUUGUCCAUAUAGCCCAAUAUUAUAUAUUCUGAUUGGCCACAGUUUUAUGAGGUGCUAGACAGAGGUGUUUUUCAUCACCUGUUACCUUAUCUUUUUAAAUUUUUUUAAAAUAUAAUCUGGAGAUACCAAAAACCGAAGGCAGAUCUGCACCAUACAUUCAAAGCAUACUAAAUCCACAUUUAAAGCAUAUGACACCCCCCCAAUAAUAAUCAUGAGAAGUGUAGUUUCCCCUUUACAGAGCUACAAUCCACAGCUUCAUCAACAAACAGCAUUUCCCAGGAUUCUCUGGAGGACAUCAUGAGCUUUAAAUCAGAACUGGAUGUGUUUAAAAAGCCUGGUGUGAAUAUGCACUGAAUUAGGGACCUCCACCAUGUGCUGUAUCACAGAGUGAUGGUUCCUCUUCCCAGUAAUGCGGGCUAGCUAGGUCCACAUUGUGUGGGUGGAAGGCACAGAAUGAGUAGGUUGGGAUUACAAAACAUGGUGCAAAAGAAGUCAGUACAUUGGUCGGUUAGAUCAGGAAAACAAACAAGGGGGAUAGAGGCAGGGUGAUGACAGAGACAUACUCUACUAUAGGCCAUGGCUGCAAUAAUAUGCCCCUCCAUCUCCUUUUGAACAAAUGUCUUUGCCAACCUCCGCACAAAACCCUUGUUUCAAUUUAAAUACCAGAGGUGAUGCAUUCCUUAAUUGGAGGGAUACAGGUUUCCCAUACCUGGCUUAUGCCUUAACAAAACUUCAUUUUAAAUAUCCUUUCUAAGAAGCAACAUAUUGACUUGAGUAAGACACAUGGACUUGUGUAAACUAAGUACCAUCACUCACUUUAUUUUCCAGGUACACAUUUGGUGCCGCCCUGUUUGUGGGAUGGGUUGCUGGAGGCUUGGCCUUGGUUGGAGGCAUUAUGAUGUGCAUCGCCUGCAGAGGACUGGUACCCGAAGAGACCCAGUGAGUACCUAUACAUAUUCAUGGAACUGUUGUAAUGUGGAAGGGCAAGACAGAUCCUUUUCUUCAUUCUCCAACUUAAAAGGUGGCAGAGUGGCCAUACUAAAUCACAGGGAUGGAGGAGAAAAUUGACUCAGUUUGCUUUUGAAGUUGAACUUACCAAAAUUGAACUUUCCAAAGCAAUACAUGAACUGGAACACAGUUCUCUAGCCAAGUAAUGUAUAGAAGAAACAUGUGUAUAUUAGGAAAAUGCACAUAAAUAACAUAAAAAUGCAUUAAUUUGGCAAAAUUGCAUUGAAAAAUGUGUAUACCAGGAGAACUUUGUACUAAAAUGCUGGUAAUUUUUCAUGAUAACUUUUUAUUUUCCCCCCAAACGAAUGUGGACAACUGAACAUUAGACUGGAGAAAUGAGAGAAUAAUAGAAUAACAGAACUGUAGAAUUGGAAGAGACCCCAAGGGUCAUCUUGUCCAAUCCCCAGCAAUACAGGAAUUUCAACUAAAGCAUCCAAGGCAGAUGGCCAUUCAACCUCUGCUUAAAAACUUCCAAUGAAGGAGAGCAGACCACCUUCUGAGAGAGUCUGUUUCACAGUUGAACAGCUCUUACCAUCAUACUUCCUGAGAGAACCUGAGAGAAACCAAAAUUGUCAGAUUCACCCAUCCCUACCUACAUGCAUGAUGAGAAAACCACCAAGCAUUUCAUAAAAUGGUUUCUUUCAUAAUGAUUGAGUCUGUUCUACAUGUUACUGUAGUGAAAUAGAAAAUGGAUAUUUAUGGAGCUUACCUAAUUGUAUUAUAUUCUUCACUAAGUAACAAGGAAUAGAACAGAUGAUUCUGAGUAGUCAGUUAUCUUAGACAGUUCCACAAAGUGACACCACUUUGUGUUUUAUUUGUGUUUCAGUUACAAGGCCGUGUCCUACAAGAGCGCUGGAUAUAAGUCUGGAACUGGGUAUGAAGCCAAGAAGGUCCCAGUAGUUGAAACCAAUACUAUCAAAAGUGAUGACGGGAGACGUUCCUAUCCUUCAAAAUAUGACUAUGUAUAAUCUCUUCCUAAACCUAUGGUUUUAGACCAAAGCAACAGCAAAUUCCUAACUUGAAGCCUUUCUCAAGUCUGUUUUCUUAUUGUCUUUGGUUUGGCUUGCUGUUUAUAAAUGUUCUUUUAAUAUGACUGUGUAUAGUUCCUGACAUUAUAAAGACUUCCAUAAGAACUGUUCCCUUCCGCUACAUUUGUUAUAAUAGCAGUUAAAGACAGCUGAAGAAUUGGUUUACUAAUGUACCUUUUGUUGUUUCUUUUAAUAGAUGUAAGUAGAUGUUUAAGACCAGAACAUUACUGCAACGUACAGUGUUGAGUUCAUGUAAAGUUCAUGCAUUGAGACUUCAUUCAGUGUUUGGUUGCCCUUGAUGAGACAAAAUGAAAUACGAGGCUAAAACAACACCAAUACACAGAGGCCAAUUAAAAAAUUAAAAAUGUUAAAAACUUAAUUUCAUACAGUACAUAAAACUGAUCUAAUAUAAAUUUCUGAAAUAACCACCACCUGCUUACUGAAUUCCAGAGGAAACAAAGUUACAAUUUGCUUUCUUCCCCUUUCAUUAAAUUCAUCCUCUCUUGAACAGCCAUAUGAGCUUAUACAGAAAAUCCUCAUAUAGAAUAGAAAGAUGUCAAAUAUUUCUUAGAGCAAACACUUCUUUUAUAUAUUUGAAUACACUAUCUGUCAUAAGAAAACCAGCGAUAUCCUUCUGACUUUGUGGCAAAGCACAGAAUUUACUGCCACUCUUACAUUUCAGUUCUGAUAAUUUGUGCUGGCAAAACUGCCUUGUCACAAUGGCACCAUACCAUAUUUUUCAUGAGAUCACACUGCUAUGCAAUGCCUUAAGAUAAUAACCAACAACCAGAGGAAUCUGGGCCACAUGACCUUGAGCAGAAUCAUGUCAUGUCACCCAGAGAUGAGGAACCUCCGGCUGUUGUUGGACUCCCAACUCCCAUCAGCCUCAGCCAGCGUGACCAGUGAUCAGGGAUGAUGGCCCACAGUCCAGAGUCUUACUGAAGAGUCACAUUGCACCCUGCUGUCAUUCAUUACUGCCAGGGUUAAAGAAAAGAAAAUUGGCCUAAGAAACUUUUGUUUUUGUAUUCUAAUAAAUAUAAUACACUGUUGCCCAACUCUCAUUCUGUCAUUGUUAUUUCUAACAACAUCCAAAGAUGCACUGCUCUAAUUCCAAUAUAAUGGUUUCUUAAUCCAUUGAAUAGUCAUUACAAGUGAUCCAGAACCCCAGUAGGAUUACUGUGCAGGUGACACUUGACAGCCAGGUGAGUUUUCACCUUGGCAUCCAUUUAGCAGGUCAAGGUGCUAGAACUGAGAAAGUUUGAUCACUAGAGAAGUGGUACAUAAAUGACAGAAUGGCAGCUACUACCAGCAUCUGUGUUAAAAUACUCGAUUGGAUGGAAGAAGCUAUCUUUCACAUCUCAUGGGUAACCAAAAUACAAGUUAUGUUAUAGCAGAAGUCUCAUUAAGCAUAGAAACAUGUAAUGUAUACUGAUCAUCAUUUAAUAUUCUUUUAGCCCAGCAAUGCUAAUAAAUACUGGUAGGAUUUAUGUUAGUACCAUUUGACAUUUAGUUUUUAGGCAUUUAUGGCUUGUUGCAUAGUCCUUAAGACUUUUUGCAUGUAUUUUUUCUUUUUUUUAAAAAACCCCUGACGUGUGUAUUUUUAAUUUAAUUAACUAGCUUUUCACAAAGCUGACCUAUUGGUUGUAUGCCUGUUUCACUUGUUUAUAACACUGAUUUAUUUCUCAUUAAAAUAAAAUACUUUAAGGGUUGCC